CUCAAGCGACGGCACACGUGCUUAUACUUUAUGUUACGCGCGGGCACCGAGUCAUUUAGUCGUUUACCCGACACUCGGCGCGCGCGACCACCGUUUAGGGGAUGUCAUACUAAUCAACAUCGAUCAUGGACUUCACCUUGCCCGCUUGUGCCCAGUUGCGGCGGUCCGGUACCGUUAUAACCAAACCUAAGGACGAUUGCUACAGGAUAUGUACAGGUCGUACUAAUUUCGUAAGUACGCCGGAAAAAUGUGAACUGUGUGGUAGGACUAGUACGAAUAGCCAAUACAGUGACUGUGAUAGUGAAACAGUGAAGAAAUGUCGACCCCACAGAUCGAGUACAGCUAGAAGCAGAUACGUCAACGUCUGUGCAGCGGUGUGUCUACUACUACUGGUCGGAUUCACCCCGCGGACAUCGGCGGCGCCGCGGCCUAGAAGAGACAGCAUGGAGAACGAAGCGUGGGCGAACCCUUGUGACUACGCCCCUGGGAGCUCCCCAUCAUCACCAAAACCAUUCACAAAAGACCAAGCCAAAGAAGUCGCGAAUCAAGCAAAAGCCGCACUCGACAAUGCACAAUCAUUCAAAAAUAAUUUCUCUGACAGCAUACAAAGCUUUCCUUCGUUCAGCGAGACGUUUGACACGACGCCCUGGCUGCGGAAUAAACCAUUUGUUACUCAAUACACUUUUCCCGAAACGAAGGUCAAGAUUGAUAUGGAAAUGCCGCUAGAAGAUCUGAGCAAAGUUGUUGCUAAUAUUGAUGACCAUUUGCCAUCUAUGUAUAAGGCGCUUAAAAUGGUUGCGGCGGGAUUGUACGCAAUCAAAGAGAACGGGCUUAAACAAGACGUUAGGGAAGAGAAGAACCUCAAGCCUUUCUUCGACCACUACUUCAACGCCGUGAGACAAGUUCUUUGCGAAUUUAAUGAAGUGAUGGUGUCAAAACAUAUGGAAAUUCUUCCCCUACCAGACAACGAAAUUCCAAUCAUAGGAGAGAACAGAACCGACACUAUGUUCCAUAUAUACAGAGACACGAUGCUGUACCUCGACUACCUUCGGCAAGUCAUGGACCACUGGGCGCGUAGUCCUUAGACCUUCAGCGUGCUUUGGACUCACCCAAAAUGUUGCAACUCUCUAAAUGGAGUGUUUUAGGUUCAAAAUGUUCAGAUAUUGUGGCAUACUGUAGCCUAGCGGUAACGCUAUUUCUAGGAGAAAUAAAAUCCAUUAGAUGAAUUUAUAGGUGUAUUAUAAAUCCAUGUACACUAAAUUAUACAUAGGCAUUAAUUACAAAUAUGCUCUUAAUCUGCAGGAGUAUAAAUCACCCUAACCUUUUAAAAGUACAAUAUUAUUUUGUAGCAACACUAUUUAUGUAAAAUCCAACUGUAGAACAUAUCCGUCCCUAAUAUAUCUUUUGUUGUAAACUUUAAUGCUACCACACUUGUGUAAUUUCUAGAUCUUCUCACAUAGCACUUUGUGUUUCGUGUGUGUCACUGGUUUAUAUAUCGAAUUUCUUUAAAUUAGGUUUUUUAAUAUUAUUUUGUAAUAGCUGGUUACAUAAAGAAUUGCUUUAAAAAACUCUGCAUGUAAUAAGUUCCAAUUAUCAGUAAAUAGUACAGUAUUAUUAAUUUAUUAAUUACUGAUUAAAGAUGUUACCGGCGGAGUUUUUUAAACGUUUGUGAAAAUUGUUGUCGUCUUCGCUUAGUAAAUUAACAUUAUGUAUAGUAGAAAAUGUCAUUGCCAUUACAUUGCCAUUUUGGUCUAGAACAAAUAAGUUCCUUUAUUUUUGUAAAUAGUUGUAAAUUAUGACUUAUUUAUUAUUGGACCGGCAUUCAUAACACCCUAAAUUCCCGUUAUCCUAGUCAAGGUCUUAACUUAUUUUUACAUCCUUAACUUCAUUUUAAUUUCGACUUGUAAUUUUAUAGUUUAGAUUUUAGUUUAGACUUCAUUCCAUCAGACUUGGUUGUUGAUGUAUUGAUGAAUUCAUGAAUGUAUCUGUGCUGAUGCUGAUGCUGUGUCGUGAAGUGACUCUAGUUCUCAUGACUGUUGUUGUAUGGUUAUUAGAGACGUACGCUAUAUUCCUACUUUCAUUAGUAUUACUUAACUUUGUUACUAUUUAUUAUUACUGUUACAGAAAUCCAAUGAAAUAUUGAUUAGCUUUAAUACACCUGUUAAAUAUUAUAAUUAUAAAGAACAGAGCUGGCUAUAGCUAUAGCUAGAGCUAUUUAUGACUUAAUCAUUAUUUGUAUAGCUCAAACAUUAUGUUUGAGAAAUUAAAUUAUUAUUACAUUUAAA